UAGGUCAUUUCUUUAGAGAAGAGAUAUGGGGGAGAAGGCAUUGAGAUCUCUGCCUCUCUAUAGGACUGAGUUUCCAAUUAUUCUUCUUCUAUGGAUUUUUGUAUUUAAUUUCUUAUGGCUUCUUUUCCUUCUUUCUCUGUCCCUCUCUUUCUAUCUCCACACACUAUUUUGUUCAAACUUGAUUUAUUAUUUUGGAGUUUAUAAUCAAGUAUGGGAUAUUGUUGCUCUAUAAAGUUCCAAAGCGCCUCUUCCCUCUCCUAUGCGCUGUUGCUGCUGCAGCUGUCAAAGCGGCAGAAUGCAGAGCCCCAUCAGCCAGCACCUAUAUCUCAGUAUGUGUUGCCACUUUUGAAUAAACAGAAGGAAAAGGAAGAAAAUUUUAAAUAAAAGAGAAAGGCCACUCUUUUAUUUGAACCAAUCCCGCUUUUCCUUUUCCACGUGAUAAAAGAAAGCCCAUCAAAAGCCAUUGCAUGCGUGUAUAGGUUUCAUCACUCGUUCUCUCUCUCUCUUUCUUGUUCUUCACCUCUAAGCUCUUGAUCUUUUCUAGCUAGCUUUAAAGAGAGGAGUUCCUGUGAGAAGGGUCUUUUCUUCUAUGAUUAAAGCCGAUGGUUGUACUGGUCGAUAUAGAUGGCUUGAAGGCUGUAUAAAUUUCACCCUUUGGUGCAUCAGGAGGGCUCUUCGGCUGGGUGAAUCGUAUUUUUUUGCAGAAAGAGAAGCAGUUAAGUGAAAUACUAGUUCGUUCUUGAAAAAACUAUAGUGUUUACUUCUUCCGAAGUUCUUCGCAACUUGCAACCAUGCCUAUUAGGCAAAUGAAGGAAGGUUCUGAGCAGCACCUUGUGAUAAAAUCUCAAGUGAACAGUCAUGUGAAUCCAGUUCAUAAAGCUCCCAAAGCUCAACAUAAUGGCAAAGGGCCUCCGUCCCAAGAACGGCAAGUUUCAGAAAUGCAAAGCAUGAACUCACCUUCUGCAAUGAGCAGAGGCAGGAGAAGAAGUAGAGGAGCCAAGAAGAACGGGCGGUGCGAUGAGAUCUCCUUUUUGAGGCCACCGAAGACUAAUGGUUGUCGGAUUCAUAACGGGUGCCUGGAGAAUGAAGGUCCUUUAUGUUAUUCCGAGAUGGGCGUUCCUUCUUCAAGCAAAUCUCUGAGAUUUCCUACCAGGCCUGGAUUUGGGCAGUCAGGAACUCGAGUAAUUAUCAAGGCUAAUCAUUUCUUCACGGAGCUUCCAAACAAUGAUUUAUUCCACUAUGAUGUGAAGAUAACACCUGAAGUAGCAUCAAAGAAUGUCAACAGAAGUGUUAUUGUAGAACUUGUGAAGCUUUACAGGGAGUCUGAGCUAGGAAUGAGGUUGCCUGCUUAUGAUGGAAGGAGGAGUCUUUACACAGCAGGGGAGCUCCCCUUCUCUUACAAAGAGUUCAACAUCAAACUUCUGGAUGAACAUGAUGGAACCAGUGGACCGAGAAGGGAGAGAGAAUACAAGGUGGAAAUUAAAUUUGUUGCAAGGGCAAGUAUGUACCAUCUGCAACAAUUUCUAGUUGGCAAAUGUGCAGAGGCACCACAGGAAGCUUUUCAGGUUCUUGACAUUGUUUUAAGAGAACUCUCAAGUAAAAGGUACUUCCCUGUUGGGAAAUCCUUCUUUUCUCCAGAUAUUAGGACCCCACAGCGUCUUGGUGAUGGUCUUGAAUCAUGGCGCGGAUUUUACCAAAGUAUAAGACCUACACAAAUGGGUUUAUCCCUUAAUAUAGACAUGUCCUCUGCUGCUUUUAUUGAGCCUCUUCCAGUGAUUGAGUUUGUUGCUCAACUUCUUGGUAAGGAUGUCUUGUCAAGGCCACUCACUGACGCAGACCAUGUCAAAAUUAAAAAGGCCCUUAGAGGAGUGAAGGUCGAAGUAACUCACCGAGGGAAUGUUCGACGGAAGUACAGAAUUUCUGGAUUGACCACUCAACCAACACGAGAGCUUAUGUUUCCCAUUGAUGACCAGUCAAUGAAAUCAGUUGUGGAGUACUUCCUGGAGGUAUAUGGAUUCACUAUACAACAUACUCAUCUUCCCUGUCUUCAAGUUGGAAACCAAAAAAAGGUUAACUAUUUGCCCAUGGAGGCAUGCAAGAUAUUGAGUGGUCAACGCUAUACCAAAAGAUUAAAUGAAAAGCAAAUCACUGCUUUACUGAAAGUUACUUGCCAAAGACCAAGGGAUCGGGAGAGCGAUAUCUUGCAGACAGUUCGACAUAAUGCCUAUAAUCAAGACCCAUAUGCAAAGGAAUUCGGCUUAAAAAUCAGCGAAAAGCUUGCUUCUAUCGAGGCUCGAAUUCUUCCUGCUCCUUGGCUGAAGUAUCACGAGGCUGGCAAGGAGAAAGACUGUCUACCGCAUGUUGGUCAGUGGAACAUGAUGAACAAGAAAAUGAUAAAUGGAAGCACAGUAAGUAGAUGGGCAUGUAUUAACUUCUCGCGAAGUGUUCAAGAGGCCGUUGCUCGAGGAUUUUGCAAUGAGCUUGGUAAAAUGUGUCAAGUUUCAGGCAUGGAAUUUAUUCCCGAGCCUGUAAUACCCGUCUACCCAGCAAGGCCUGAACAAGUUGAGAAAGCAUUGAAAUAUGUAUGUAAUGCAUCAGCUUCCAAAGGAAAGGAAUUAGAGCUACUUGUAGCUAUUUUACCUGACAAUAAUGGUUCUUUGUAUGGUGAUCUCAAGAGGAUAUGCGAGACCGAAUUGGGAUUAAUAUCACAAUGCUGUCUUACAAAGCAUGUAUUCAAGAUAAGCAAGCAGUAUCUGGCAAAUGUUGCAUUGAAAAUUAAUGUCAAGAUGGGAGGGAGAAAUACUGUUCUUAUGGAUGCAAUCAGCUGGAGAAUACCUUUAGUUAGUGAUAUACCGACUAUAAUCUUUGGAGCUGAUGUGACUCACCCAGAGAAUGGAGAGGAUUCCAGUCCUUCGAUUGCAGCUGUAGUUGCUUCUCAAGAUUGGCCUGAGAUUACGAAGUAUGCUGGCUUGGUUAGUGCUCAGGCUCAUAGACAGGAGCUUAUACAAGACUUGUACAAUACGUGGAAUGAUCCAGUCAGAGGCAUUGUUAGUGGGGGGAUGAUUCGGGAACUGUUAAUAUCCUUUAGAAAGGCUACUGGACAAAAGCCUUUGAGGAUCAUAUUCUACAGGGAUGGCGUGAGUGAAGGACAAUUUUACCAAGUUCUUCUCUAUGAAUUGGAUGCAAUCCGAAAAGCCUGUGCUUCUCUUGAACCAAACUACCAGCCACCAGUCACUUUUGUUGUAGUCCAAAAAAGGCAUCAUACAAGACUGUUUGCCAGCAACCACAAAGAUCGGUCAGCUACAGACAAGAAUGGAAACAUCUUACCUGGCACAGUAGUUGACUCUUCAAUUUGCCAUCCAACAGAGUUUGAUUUCUACUUAUGCAGCCAUGCUGGUAUUCAGGGAACCAGCAGACCUGCUCACUACCAUGUUCUAUGGGAUGAGAACAAUUUUACAGCUGAUGGGCUGCAGUCCCUCACCAACAAUCUUUGCUACACUUAUGCGAGGUGCACGCGAUCGGUCUCAGUUGUGCCUCCAGUAUACUAUGCACACUUAGCCGCCUUUCGAGCUCGUUUCUAUGUUGAACCAAACACACAGGAGAAUGGGUCAUGUGGCACAGCCAGGAAUAAGUGUGAAGUAGGCGAGUUAGCAGUUAGGCCAUUGCCAGCUCUUAAAGAGAAUGUGAAGAGAGUAAUGUUCUACUGUUAGAUAAAAUUUGUGGUAUAUAUGCACAUGUAUAUCAAGGUCGCAUCAUGUUGUUUCUUGUAAUUUUCUCUGGCUCCCCUUUUUUUUUCAAUGAAUGAACUUUUAGGCUUUAAUUUUAGCUUCCCUUUCAUUUAUUCUGUUUGAACCAAGCUGUUUCAUAUCAAGUUUUGCAUUUAUAUAUUGUUGACAAGUAA